AUGGCCAGAGGACCCGGAAAGCACCAGCACCGCCUGUCGGCACCUUCGCACUGGCUGCUCGACAAACUGUCGGGCGCCUACGCCCCCAAGGCCUCGCCCGGUCCCCACAAGCUCAGAGACUGCAUGCCUCUGAUCGUCUUCAUCCGUAACCGCCUGAAGUACGCCCUCAACGGCCGCGAGACCAAGGCCAUUGUCAUGCAGCGCCUCAUCAAGGUCGAUGGCAAGGUCCGCACCGACGCCACCUACCCCGCCGGCUUCAUGGACGUUAUCUCGAUCGAGAAGACUGGCGAGAACUUCCGCCUCGUCUACGACACCAAGGGCCGCUUCACCGUCCACCGCAUCACCGCUGAGGAGGCCGAGUACAAGCUCGGCAAGGUCAAGCGCGUCCAGCUUGGCAAGGGCGGCAUCCCAUACUUGGUUACGCAUGAUGCACGCACUAUCCGCUACCCCGACCCCGCCAUCAAGGUCAACGACACCGUCAAGAUCGACCUCUCCACCGGCAAGGUCUCCGACUUCAUCCGCUUCGACACUGGUGUUAUCGCCAUGGCCACCGGUGGUCGCAACAUGGGUCGUGUUGGUGUCAUCACUCACCGUGAGCGCCACGACGGUGGUUUCAACAUCGUCCACAUCAAGGAUGCCAUUGACAACGAGUUCGCUACCCGUGAGAGCAACGUCUUCGUCAUUGGCCGCGAGAAGCCUUGGAUCUCGCUCCCCAAGGGCAAGGGUGUCAAGCUCUCCAUUGCUGAGGAGCGUGACCGCCGCCGCGCCCACGCCAUCGCUGGCAACUAA